CGCAAACAAAAAACAAGUUCCAGGAAGUAAUUUUCGGGUGGAGGUGGGAGGGGAGGCUGAUUUCCGGUCGGAGGGCUGGCAGCGGCUCUUGCGCAAGCGCCGUUCGCACUUCCCUGGCUUUUUUUCUCUCCCCUCCCCCACCCCUAGCCUAAGGGGUCUUGAGGUGACAGCGAUUGCAACUGCGACUCCAAGAGGAAUACGAGAAGAUGGACAAGAGAAAGGCCGGGCGACGGCGAUCCUCACCCGAAAUUGUCACAGACGGAAAAAGGAAAAAAUCUUCAUCGUCUGACUUACGUGAGUUUCGGAUAACAAGGAUGCUAAAUGCAAAACCAGAAGAUAUUCAUGUUCAGUCACCACUGUCCAAACUCAGAAGCUCAGAAUGCUGGGAUCUCCCUUUGCAGGGGUUGAAAAGAAGCCUAAGAAAUAAGAUCAUCUCUCUAGACUAUAAAAGUAAUAAAGGUGUCGGUGGGAGUCCUGUCACUUCUAAGACAUCACCAGAAAGGCAACUCAAAGUUAUGUUGACGAAUGUCCUAUGGACGGAUUUAGGACGAAAAUUCAGAAAGACCCUACCUAGAAACGAUGCUAAUUUAUGUGACGCCAACAAGGUACAAUCAGACUCAUUGCCUUCGACAUCUGUUGACAGCCUAGAGACAUGUCAAAAAUUAGAACCUCUUCACCAGAGCCUUAAUUUAUCUGAAAGGAUACCCAGAGUUAUAUUGAUGAAUGUCCUGGGAACGGAGGUAGGAAGAAAAUACAUAAAGACCUCUCCUGUAACUGAGGCCAUUUUGGGUGAUAAAGACAACUUGAAAUCAGAUCAACUUUCUUCAUCAUCUGAUGACAGCCUAGAAUCUUGUCAAAAUCUAAAUCCUCACAAGAGCUGUUUUUUAUCUGAAAGGUGUUCACAACCUGGUAUGACAGUAGAUAACAAUUCUGCAAAGAAGACUGUACACACUAAAGAAAAGCUAAGAGAUGAUGAAGCCAUUUCUCUUAUAAUGUCUGAUACUCAGCCUAAAGUUCUUAAUAGUGUGAGAAGAGGUUGUGACCAUCUUGAAAAGGGAAGCAGAAACAAGGAUGAUACGUGUUAUGAUUCAAAAAUGGAACCCACUCUACUUUCCAGGAAGACAAAGAAAAGGCUUAGAAGUAGUUUUUCUGAUUCUUGUAAUUCUACUUCUCUGGCUGAGUCAACAGAACAGACAAAAGAACAAGAAAAUGACUCAGCAGUAUCCACUGAAUUUGGAAAGUCAAGUGAAAACUGUCAUCAAGACCAAAUACUGCUUGAAGAAAUAACAUCUGAACCUAUAGAAAGUGAUUUUAUUAAGCCAUCCUCAUUUAAUAGUCAGGAGUUGGCUUUGAGUGCUGACUCCAAAAAUGCUUCUAAUUAUACAACCACUGAAACAUUUGAGAACUCGGUUUCCAGUAAUACUGUGGGGAAUUCUUCCCUGGUUAAAAAGGAUGAAAAUGAGUUGAAUACAAUAGAAAAGUUUGUUCUAAGUGGACACAGUGAAGGGAACCAUUCAUUGAUCUCAGCUGAACCAAUUGUUGUUUCCAGUGAUGAAGAAGGACCUGUUGAACAUAAAAUUCCAAAAAUUCUUAAAUUACAACCUAAGCAAGACCAUGAGAUUACUAAUGCAAGCGAGAGUACUUCUGAAGCAGCACUGUCAGAACUACCAUUGAUUACCUGUGAAUCCGUAAAGGCUUCAGAUGAAUUAUGUCCAAAUAGUCCUGUUAUGGAAAACAUUUCCUGUAUUAUGCCUCCUAAUGACAUGGAUCUACAACUGGAUUUUAUAUUUACUUCUGUUUAUAUUGGGAAAAUGAAAGGAGCUUCUAACGGUUGUGUUACGUUCACAACAAAAUAUGUUAAGAUCCCGUUUCAAGUGUCCCUGAAUGAGGUUUCAUUGCUAGUGGAUACCACACAUUUAAAGAGGUUUGGGUUAUGGAAAAGUAAGGAUGAUGACCACAGUAAAAGGAAUCAUGUUAUCCUUUUCCUCUGGGUUUCUUCAAAUUAUCUUCAAGAGAUUCAGACCCAAUUAGAAAAUUCUUUAUUAAGCCAGCAAUCAAAAUCCAAUGAAUUCAUUUUCCUUGAGCUACCCAAUCCUAUUUCACAAAGAGAAGAAUUGAAAUUGAAAGAUAUUAUGACAGAAAUAAGUACAACCAGUGGAGAAUCAGAGCUUUCUUAUCCAUUGUCUUGGGUUCAGGCACUUCCUUUGUUUCAGAACCUUUCUUCAAAAGAAAGUUCUUUUAUUCAUUAUUACUAUGCUUCAACUUGUUCUUUCCCUGCUGCUGUUGCUACUGCUGAAGAAGUAAAGGUGAAAUCAGUAUCUCAGUUCUCAAAUAUAGAUGCUGCCAAACCUACUUAUACCUUCCUGCAGAAGCAAAGUAGUGGUUGCUACUCACUUUCUAUUACAUCUAAUCCAGAUGAAGAAUGGCGAGAAGUCAGGCACACUGGACCUGUUCAGAAGUUGAUUGUAUAUCCUCCACCACCUACUAAAGGCGGAUUAGGAGUAACUAAUGAAGAUCUGGAGUGCUUAGAAGAAGGAGAAUUUCUCAAUGAUGUAAUCAUUGAUUUCUACCUGAAGUAUCUGUUAUUGGAGAAGGCAUCAGAUGAUCUUGUUGAACGAAGUCACAUUUUUAGUAGCUUUUUCUAUAAAUGCUUGACGAGAAAGGAAAAUAACCUAACAGAAGAUAAUUCAGAUCUUUCAAUGGCACAGCGAAGACAUAAAAGAGUAAGAACAUGGACUCGUCACAUAAACAUCUUUAAUAAAGAUUAUAUCUUUGUGCCUGUAAAUGAGUCGUCUCACUGGUAUCUUGCAGUCAUUUGUUUCCCAUGGUUAGAAGAUGCUCUGUAUGAAGAUUUUCCACAAACUGUAUCCCAGCUAUCCCAGGAUCAGCAAUCCCAAUAUGACAACAAAACAAUAGAUAAUGAUCUACAUACCACUUCAACACUGUCCUUGGGUGCUGAGGAUUCCCAAAGUACCGAGAUGAAUAUAUCAGUACCAAAGAAAAUAUGUAAAAGGCCAUGUAUUCUCAUAUUAGACUCCUUGAAAGCUGCUUCUAUACAAAACACUGUUCAGAAUUUACGAGAGUAUUUAGAGGUAGAGUGGGAAGUUAAGCGAAAAACUCAUCGUGAAUUCAGCAAAACAAACAUGGUGGACCUUUGCCCUAAAGUUCCUAAACAAGAUAAUAGCAGUGAUUGUGGAGUUUAUUUAUUGCAAUAUGUGGAAAGCUUCCUCAAGGAUCCUAUUGUUAACUUUGAACUCCCAAUUCAUUUGGAGAAAUGGUUUCCUCGUCAUGUAAUAAAGACCAAACGGGAAGAUAUUCGAGAGCUCAUUUUGAAACUUCAUUUACAGCAACAGAAGGGCAGCAGUAGCUAGUUAAUCUGUACAAACAUGACACAGAUAUUCUAUAAGAUUACUGGAAAGCCGCUUACCAGCAUUUGUGUUAGCCCAGCUCACAGAGAAGAAAAUAACUUGCAGUAGUUUUAUAAAUCAUUGAACAUUAUUUAAAAUAUAUAAGGUAUAUUAUUAGAAAAGUUGGGAUCUCUUAGAUGGAAUGGGAAAGGGGAGAUGUAGAUAAACUUAUUAGAUAGAAAUUAAAAUUUCAUAAAUAUUUGAUAUUUUUUGAGUGAAUAUGCUUGGAUUAUGCAAUAGCAUUUGUAAUGUGGGAAUGUUUUCGUAGACAGUAAAACUAUGUGAUCUGUACUUCCACAUGACUGGGAGUUGAGGGGAGUUUGGUCCUCCCUGGUGCCACCCCAGUGCUUGUCAGAUUUGUUGGCAAGUCACAUCAUAUUGUAAUUCUAUUCUUUGCAGCUCAAGCAUACAGUAUGAAUACUGUGUAUUUUUUUUUUUUUAAGGAAUCUAGUAUCAAGACUUCAGAAAAUGCCAUUUACGGCAUCCCUUCUGUAUAGUGUAAAGAAGACAUUCAUAAUGUUAGGAAGAUGAUAAAAAUUCAUUCUUUCAAAGUGCAGCUGAUUUUCUCAAUUGCUAAAUGGAACCAUUACUCUGCUCUAAUUGUAAUGAUCUUUUUCUACUUCUUUUGACAUCUUAGUAUGAGAAUUUGAGAGUUCAUUCAUUCAGAGUGAAAUUUGGAAUAAACUAGAAAACUGGAGUUGUUUCUUCAUCUUUUCCUUUUUUUUUUUAAGUUUUCUUUAUGAAAUUAGAGAGAAAAAGUAAAAGAAAUACCAAAAAAUUGUUUAGCUAUCUAAAUAGGUUUUUAAAACUCAUAUGCAUAGCUCAACCUAGUUUAUUUGAGGUAAAGUUAUGUAAGUAUUGACUCCUAAAUUAUCCCAGAAUAUAUACACAAUAUAGAACGUAUAGAAGAUAAAAUUGAUGUCUUCAUAACUUGCCACCAAAUUUCUCCAAGUCCUAUUUAGUAGUUGUUAGAACUAAAUGUAUAAUUUUGUACCUCUUUUUUUACCCAGUAUUCAUCUGCAAAUCUAGAUUGCUCUCAUUGUUUUGUAUUUUUAAAUUGUAGUUUUUAGAGAGCUAUGAUCCCCAUGGAGCUUAAUUUUUAUUAUUAAAUGUUCUGGUAACAAUUCUACUGAAAUCAUGUAAUAAUGGUGGUAUUAUAGCUGAUUAACCCUUCAGAACUUUCUGAUUUACUCUGAUGUUUUCAGGAAUAUUUGGAAGGAGACAUCAUAUUGUAUUUUCUCAGAUAAGAAAAAUGCUUUAAAAUAAUAUUAUUUUAAUCUGUUUUAAACAUCUCUUGAAUUUACAUUGUAACUGUAUGUAAAACAGUGGAACAAAGGCAAUUUAAGAUAGGGUUAAAAGACUGCACAUUUUAUUUCAGAAUCGUGUGAAUUGAGGUUGUUAAUUAAGCCUCAUUGUCAUUAAGCUUUUGUUAAUCUUGUUACCAUCUUUAUAUUGUUAAAGAUAUGUGUUUUUUGGAUAUUUCAUAUAAAGAUGGUUAUAAUUAUAUAAUUCAUUCCCUGUUGUGUCUGCCUGUGAGGGGGACCUUUUUAGGUGACUAUUAUUUUGUACAUCUAAUUUCGGGUAUAGCAAGUAUAUAAGACAUCUUGUGAUUUCAUUUGUAUGUUUUUCAGAGAUACCACUGUCCUUCAUCAUGUGUUGAAGAUUGUUUAAAAUUCAUUUUCCUAAAUUCAUGUGGAAAUAAUGCUUUGGGAAUAUCAACAUUUUAUAUUAAACAUGUUUCUAGUUCAUUAAAUUGAGGUGUAAUUUUAUAAGAAACAUGACCUGUUAGAAAUAAAUGCAAAUUGUAGUGAAUAUCAUAUAAUUAAUGCUUAAAUUUUCUUUCUGUUUUACCAAUUAAUUUGAAUGUCAUUUUAGAUUAGGGAACAUUUUUUGAGCAUCUACUAUUAGCAGUCAUUUUGCUAGGUAGAAAAUAAAAUGAAUGACUGCUCUUAUUCUUGAGGUAUUUAUAAUCUAAUGUGAGACAUUGAUAAAUCAACAGUUUUAACAUUCUCUGGUAAAAACAAUCAGAGUUUCUGAGGGAGCACAGGAGAGAAGAGAGCGAGUGUGUGUGUGUGUGUGUGUAUGUGUCAGUCAGGUGAGUUGUGAGAGAAUUGUCAGUGGACAGGGAAAGCUGUCCUACAGAAGAUAAUGCUAUUUUUAAUUCACAACUCUUGGGAUAAAAAAGAAAAAAAAAAAACUUUUUAAAAAAAGUUAUAUCCGAUCACUUAACUAGGGCUUAGAUAAAGUUUAUUAUCUCUUAAAAUCAGCCUCUUUUCAUGUCAGGAGUUAAAACAAGUCUAAACUUAUACAGAGCCCUUCCUAAUGUGGUUCCAGUUUAUUUUCUAUCCUCAUCUUUCCACUGUCUCCUGCUUUUUAAUCUUAUAAAGUUACUUAUUGUGCUAUAAAUACUUUCGGAUUAAGAAGCUUAAACCCUUUCUUAAUGGGAAAAUGAUCUUUGAUUUUCUUUCUUUCAGUACUAUUUCUUUGGAAAUAUACUGGACUAAAUUAAAUGUGGAAUGUAAUUAUACUGAAUUUUUUUUUAAUUGUGUGAGCUACCCUAACUAAUGAACUAUAACUGGAUAUAACUGAGCUUGUUUUCAUGGAAGCUUGGAAACUUUGCUUAUGGGCUGUUAGAAGACAUAGUGUAUGAGGCUUCCUUAUGCUGAUGGGGCCUGCACCCACCUGGGUGGUCUCUUCUCUUUCAAAUGAGUGCAACCCUUUGGGGGCUGGAGAAAUUGGGAUCAGGACUCCUAUAGGGACUCUAAAUGAAGAUGUACUUUACUUCAUACUCUCAUGAUACUAUUCUUUGUUUCCAGUGCUGUAUUCUUCUACAAGGUAGACCUGGGCCAUUUUAUGGACUGUUGUCCCAUGAAAGUGAAUGUCACUUAAAACCCAAGACCAUAGAUGUCUGUGUGGAGUGGGCACUGCGGCAUUGUAUCUCCACACCUGCAGGACUUGCCACGCUAUUCCUUUUUCUUAGAACAUCCAUGUACUACUUCUUGUGAACUUUAAUUUUUCACAAUCUAGUUCAGGGGUCACCGUCUCUGGGAAACCUGCCCCACACUUGCUUAAAGAGAAUAAUCAACCAAUUUCCUCUUCUGCUCUCCCAUUAAAUUCGUAUAUAUCUCUCAUGAUUUUUAUUACAUUAUUUGUGUUCAUGUUUUUCCCUUUAGAUUUUAACCUCCACAAGGACUGGAAACAUUUGCAUUUCCUGUGUUUAGUAUGUUAGUACCAUAUAGUAAACACUCAGAAAAUUUUGUUGAGUCAAUAAAUUAUCUUGAACUGAUUUGAAAUUUAGAUAUGGAUAAAAGAAUAAAAAACUCUGGUACUUGUUAUCUCUAUUAAAGGUUUGCACGUG